UGAGUUGAUGGACACUCACAUCUCUACUAGUUCUGCUUCCCGCUCUCUCUUCCUUCUUUCUUUCCUCUUCAUCUUGUCUUAUCUUUCAUCUCCCACUCUUUCCACCUCUGAGCGUUGCCACCCAGAUGACAAAAGAGCUCUUCUAAGGAUCAAGGAGGCUCUAAACAUUCCUGACCACCUUGCCUCCUGGAAUGUUAGCACAGAUUGCUGUUACUGGGACUACGUCGGAUGCCAUACUGAAACCAACCGCAUUUACCAACUCCUCAUUUACGACACCAGCAUCCACGGACCCAUCCCUCCGUCCGUCGGCGACCUUCCCUACCUCGAAACCCUUGUGUUCAGCGACAUCAACAACCUCACUGGCCCCAUCCCCUACUCCAUCACCAAGCUUCAGAACCUCAAAAUGCUGCGUAUCAUCUGGACCCCUCUCUCCGGCCGCAUCCCUGAUUUAAUCAGUCAACUCAAAAACCUCGAAUACCUUGAUUUGUCCCGCAACCAGUUCUCCGGUUCCAUCCCGGCUUCCCUUGCCAAUCUCCGGAAACUGACAGGUCUUCAACUGGAAGGAAACAAACUCUCCGGAAGCAUACCCGACUCAUUUGGUAGAUUCAAGGACAACUUGUAUGUGUUCGUCCUAUCUCAGAACAUGCUUUCCGGCAAGAUUCCCAAGUCGUUAGGCCAACUGGACUGUGAGUCAAUCGACUUAUCUCAUAAUAAACUAGUUGGGGACGCAAAGAUGUUGUUCAGGGAGAAUUCAUCGGUGAAGGGACUUGAUUUGUCGAGGAAUCGACUAGACUUUGAUCUGUCAAAUGUGAAGUUUCCCAAAAACCUGACGUUCUUGGACUUAUCAUACAACAGAAUUCGGGGAAGUAUCCCUCAGCAAGUCACAGAAUUGGAUUUGUGGCGGAUGGAUUUCAGUUAUAAUCGGUUAUGUGGAAGGAUCCCGGUUGGCGGGAAGGUGCAGCAGUUCGGCUAUGAGACAUUUACCCAUAACCUCUGUUUGUGUGGUACGCCACUCCCCGAAUGCAAGUGAUCGGCUGGGUUGGCCGGCGACGGCAUGAAUGAAGGCCGCAAAGUUUGAAUUUUCUGGUGUAUGGCUUGUUUGAUAUAGUUGAUUUGAAAUAUAGCAGAUGACUUAGUAGGAGUUGUGCUUUAAUGAACAAGGUGAUUUAAUGAAUCUCUUUGCGACC